AUGAUUCUUAAACUUAAAUCACUAACUGAAAAAGAAAAAAUUAUAGAUAUAGAUGGAUCAAGUACUAUUAAAGAAUUAAAGGAACGUAUUUAUGAAAUGGAGGAUAUUCAUCCAGAUCAGCAGAGGAUUAUUUGUAAUGGAAAAGUAUUAAAUCAGCUUGAUAAAACUAUUCUUCAAUACAAAAUUAGUUCACAAUCAAGAAUUCACUUAAUUUUAGCAUUAAGAGGUGGUUAA